AUGAAUUUGUCUCGCGAGGAACUAAACGCCCUCGUCGCUCUAAAGCAACGAACUGACAUAGCAAUCAAACCCGCCAAUAAGGGUGGAGCCGUUGUAGUUUGGGAUCGUGCCCUUUACAUACAGGAAGCUGAGCGGCAACUCUCUGACACCAAUUUUUACCAACGUGUGGAUCAUGACCUGACAAUGGAACAUCAAGCGGAAGUAGUUUCGGUUGUUGAAGACGCCAUCGCAAAGGGUGAACUCCCUGCCUCAGCUUCCAAUCUUAUCGUAUAUCACCCUCGUACUUCCAGGUUUUACCUCCUUCCCAAGAUAUAUAAGCCAGGAAACCCAGGGAGACCUAUCGUAUCGGCAUGCAACUGCCCCACUGAACUCCUUGCAACUUACCUCGACCAGAUCACUUCCCCCUUAGUUCGCAGUUUACCCAGCUACGUCAAAGACACCAACCAUAUGCUCGACAUUGCACAGUGCUUUCGCUAUCCUACUACUGGCCCUGAUCGCUUCGUGUUCACUAUGAACAUCAAGUCACUAUAUACAGUAAUACCCAACAACGAUGGCCUUUUGGCCAUGCGACAUUUCUUAAAAAAGCGGCCAGUAAAGGAACCACCUUCACAUACUUUAGUACGCCUUGCUGAGCUGUUCCUUACACUUAACAGCUUUAGUUUCAACGGAGAUUACUUCCAACAAACGGGUGGUGUAGCAAUGGGCAGUAGGCUAGGACCGAACUACGGUUGUCUGUUCGUCGGCCACGUCGAAUAACAAAUCUUCCAACAGUAUCCCGGAAAGAAGCCUGACCUCUACAAACGAUAUUUUGACGACAUCGCAGGUGCAGCUUCCUGCAGCAAAAACGAACUUGA